AUGGUCGCCAAGCCCGCCGCCAAGGCCGCGCCAGGCCCCAGUGCAGAUGCGGGCAAGAAGGGCAAGGUCAAGCAGAAGGAGGACGACGGUGAGUUCUUGGUGAUGCCCGCGCUGGCGGCGAAUUCGAAAAGCCUGGGCCACGCACGCGUGCUCGCGGGCGCCGUCGCCGGCUGCGUGGCUGGCCUGCUGAGGUGCGAGGGGCUCUCAGGAGUCCUCUUGUUCCUGACGGUGACCCUGCUCCACUCGGCCAUGAUCUACGCCAAGAUGGGCUUCAAUGUUACGAGGUACUUUCAGAAGACUCAGGACAUUUUCGUGAGGGACUGCACCCACGGGCUGCUGCCGUUCAUUUUGAUCUGGACGCUCGUCUACGACAUGGCGCACAUCUUCUGA